GUCGACCCAUUUUCUGUAAGGAAUUUUUCAUUGCAAAAAAUGAAGCUUUUUGCCAAAGUUUAUCUUCCCACAAGCAUUUUCAGUGUGUUUCUGUCAUGGGGAUUAUUUUCAGUAGCUUCUGCAUAUCCUUAUAAUCAUCCGAGAUCUGGAGAAAAUGAAAUGGGCAGUAAGUGGGUAUUGCGCAUUCUAGCAGGAGUGAUAAUAGUGAUUUGGGUGAUCCGCCAUUUUUGGAGGCAGAAUGAAUGUUACCUGGUAGAAUAUUGCUGUUUCAAGCCGCUCGAAGAGAGGAAAAUGCAUACUGAUCUCUGUGAGUAUUUCGUUCGAAGGCAUGAUAAUCUCAAGGAGGAUGAUGUUAAAUUUCAGCUAAAAGUCCUGCUAAAAUCUGGUCUGGGAGAAGAAACAUAUGGCCCGGCAUUCAUGUUCAAAGAAGACUAUUUACCCUCUAUCAAAGAGGGGAGAUUAGAAUUCGAUGAAAAUUCCACUCAGACAUUGGAUGCGCUGUUUGAAAAAACGGGCAUUUCCCCCUCUGAGAUCGACAUACUAGUGGUGAACAUUUCAUGUUUUUCUCCUUCCCCAUCACUGGCGGCGAGUAUAAUAAACCAUUAUAAGAUGAGGGAGGAUAUAAAGGUGUAUAAUUUGGCGGGCAUGGGUUGUAGUGCCAGUUUGAUAGCUGUUGAUCUGGCAAAAGAUCUGCUGAGAGUACAUGAGAAUUCAUUUGCUGUGGUGUUCAGUUCGGAGAGUGUUUCACAGAGCUGGUAUGCAGGAAACGAACGCUCCAUGAUGGUCACCAACUGCCUCUUCAGGGUCGGUGGCUGUGCUCUCCUCCUCACCAACAAGCCUGCAUUUAGGAACUCUGCUAAGCUGAAACUGGUCCACACAGUGAGAACCCAUAUAGGUGCCAACUCAGACGGUUACCUCUGUGUACAACAGCGUGAGGAUGAUGAUGGGAUUACCGGCUACUCCCUCAGCAACCGUCUGAUUGACUCUGCAACAGAAGCACUGAAGAAGAACAUCACAACCUUAGGCCCCAAGGUUCUGCCUAUCACUGAACAGCUAAAAUAUGUUUACAAUAUCCUCUGGAAGAAGAAAAAAUCAGAUAAACCAUAUGUGCCAAAUUUCAAGAAAGCCUUUGAGCAUUUCUGCAUCCAUCCUGGCGGUCCAGUCAUCGUUGAUGGCGUGGGCAAGAGCCUCAAUCUCAAUGAGUAUGAUGUGGAGCCUUCGCGGAUGACGUUGCACAGGUUUGGGAACACAUCAGCAAGUUGCCUGUGGUAUGUGCUUGCUUACAUGGAGGCCAAAGGGAGGUUGAAGAAAGGGGAUAGUGUUUGGAUGAUUGGGUUUGGAUCAGGGUUUAAGUGUAAUAGUGGGGUUUGGAAGGUGGUUAGAGACUUGGAAUUGGAUGAGGGUAAAAAGAAUGAUGAUGGUAAGGAUAAUAAGAAGUAUUAUGGUAAUGUUUGGAAGGAGUGUAUUUGGAGAUAUCCACCAUCUUUUAUUGCUAAUCCUUUUGAACAGUUAUAUAGGAAAAGGAUGCUUAAAGAUAAAUGAUUAGUUCAGUGGAUGAGAUGGGAAGGGUUUGUAAAUUUUCAAAUAAGAAAAUGCUAGGGGUCAUUAGAUCAAAUGCUGGCCAUUUAUUAUAAUUUUAACAGAUAGGUUUGUGAACUUUGAAAUAAGAAAAUGGCAGGGAUGAUCUAAUCAAAUGUUAGUCGUGGAUUAUAAUUCCAACAAAUAGUCAGUACGGAGUUUUCUUUAUUGUAAAAUUUUUGGAUCUUCAAGUUUUAUUAUAAGAAGAUUAUAUAGGAUUAGGUGUAUUAAUGAAGUCCAUAGAGAAUUAGAGUUCUUGUUGGAAUCUCUCUUUGUAUUCUUACAAACUCUUCUAGAAACUCUUGUUGAGAUCUCUGUUUGUAUUCUUUCAAACUCUUUUUAAUUAUUCAGCUUUUC